AUGGCAACUCUUAAAGAUACGCAUUUCCUUGAAAAGCUUCUUCAACCCAUUUACUCUUUCAUCACGACUAUCACUUCGGAAGCAACUGGUACAACCACAAUCACUUCCAAUCCUCAACUGAUCUCACCCUUCCUUUACUCGAUCGGAAAAGUUGCCAUUCUUGUUUCCUUGUCUUUGGGAUCUCUUGCCUUAAUUUCCAACAAAUUGUACAUGCCCAUCAUGAAUUACUUUAUAAACCGAAAUCAAAACUCGUCCAAAAACAAGAACGCCGAUGUGCACCCAGAAGAAGGAUCUUCCGACGAGAAUGAAAAUAACCCACCACCAUCUUCGCCCUUCAAACCGAAACCCAGAGAGAGUCUUUCUCAAAUGAAUAUGCGAGAUUUUUGGUAUCCUGUAUGCUUUUCAGAAGAGGUCUCUCUCAAAGACCAAAAACCCUAUGCAGUGAAGCUACUUGGAGAGCCUUUAAUUUUGUUCCGAGUGGAGGAUGGUUCGGUCGAGUGUUGUGUGGAUUUGUGCCCACAUCGAUCGGCAAAACUUUCCACUGGAGUGGUGAAUGAAUUUGAGGGAAAGAGAUCUGUCGAAUGUAAAUAUCAUGGUUGGCGCUUUGGAAAGAAUGGAGAGUGUCACAGAAUUUCCUCGGUGGAGUCCUCCCGAAUGCAAGGCGUUUGUAGUACGGUAAAAGCUCAGACGAGGAGCACUUACGAAUUUGCUGGGUUGAUCUGGGUCUGGCCCAGUACAACCUCAAAGGCCAAUACAGACUUGAUUCCUAGAGAGCUCUUCAGGGAGGAAUUUAUGGAAGGAAGUGGAAAGCCAUACAUCAUGUUACAACGAAAUAGAGACAUUCCAUGUCACUAUUCACUGGUGAUUGAUAAUUUGUUGGACAUGUGUCAUCUUGAUUUUACACAUGACGGAUCCCUUGGUAACAGAAAGAAGGCAACACAAAUUAAGGCCGAAUUGAUCGUGUCCAAACAAGUACCUCUCGACGAUGAAAAAAGAGCCCGAUUACCACAAGAAAUGAAUUGGGAUCAAACCAUACAUGAGGGCUCCUUCAUGUAUCGUGUGACAAAGCCCGAGUAUCAAAAAGUUGGUUUAAAGAAAGAAUUUGCUAAUUUGACCAGUUUCAUUCCACCUUGUUUUGUGAGAUUGGAAAACAAUGACUAUGUUUCGAACAGUAACGGAGAGAGCAGCGGUCCAAAGCUCACUCAAGUGUUUUGCAUGAUUCCAACACAGGAGAAUGAACAUCGAGUCCUUAUUCGCUUCUACUCGACCAUUCCCGUUCUUAAUUAUUUGAACAAAAUUCCUUUCAUUUACAAUAGGCUUGUCAAGAAGGCAGAUCAAAUCUUGGAUGAGGACUUGGAGUUGUUAUUUGGAAUUCAAGAAAAUAUUUCCAAACACGGUGCCAAGGUGUACAACCGAAUAAUGAAUGCAGACAGCUGCAUUAAAGCCUAUCGAGAUUGGGAAAAGGAAAUGCUUCAACGCAACAACAACCUGUGGUUUAAGGGAUUCGAUCAAGUGGAUAUUGAAGAUUUAGCGUAG